ACGCACACGCCACAGAGUGGAGCACGCGCACAGGUUCACGCAGUGAGGGAGAACACGGUCACAAACGCAGUGGAUCAUAUAUGCCGACAGAUCAGCCCACGUUUUUACACUGAUACACAACAGUAUAUGCUAGGACAAAGCAAGGCUUUAUUUUCAUCUUAAUUCUGUGGCACCACCUGACCGUCGAUGUGCUACUGUUCCUACUGUAAGCUACUGUAAAUUCAAAAUGAGAAAGAUCCUAAUGAUUUUUGCAGUCAUUUUGCAUUAGAUUAAGGUGAGUUCACUUUGGAUCUGCAUGCAUGCUCCUGGUUAUUAGGAUCAUUUCGGUUCUCGCAUCAGUGAAUCAGUCGUGGCUCGGGUGCUGUGGUUCUCAACAAAUCAGAAACCCUAAAUUUAUACGGACAUAUAAGCUUGAUUUUGCCACACAUCAGUUGUCAUAAACAUCUUGGGAAUGGAUGUGAACGGUGAGGCCAGCAUUCCCACUGCUGCUCCUGGUGCAGUGGAGGAAGAACAGCAACAGCAACAAUCAGAGCAAGAGACCAGUCAGCAACCAGAUACAGAGUCGGACCUCACCACCAACACCUCACAGCCAGUCAAGACCGAGCAACAAGAUCCACCCCCCACCGCUGGAGACCCCGCCCCCUCUCAGGAUGCCCCACCCAGAGAUCACCUGACAGUCAUUCACGAGAAUAUGGAAACAAGUAAUGGUGUUUGCCCUGGUCCUAUCGAAAAGUCUCUGAGCGCUGCUUCUCCUCCUCGUCAGCAGCAUGCCAAGCCCAACCAUGCAUACGCAAACGGGCGAGCCAGGCUGAGCAGCCGCUCCGGGUCACUGAGUUACGCGGGGUCACCUCGACCGUCACUCACCCGACAGCCCAGCGCAGCCACUGAUGUCGGAGACGGAUCCAAACCCAACGAUUAUCUCAUAUGGGCAAUUCUGGCCUGCCUCUGCCCUGUCUGGCCCAUUAACAUCGUCGGCUUGACCUUCUCAGUCAUGUCUCGAAAUAGUCUGCAGCAGGGCAAUGUGGAUGGGGCGCGUCGUCUUGGCCAGAAUGCAAAAAUCCUGUCCAUCGUGUCAUUGGUGGGCGGGAUUGUCAUCAUUGUUAUUACUAUCGUCAUCAACUGGGGUGUAAUUCUUAAGACCUGAUGGCCGUCACGUAAAAUUCACAGCCAACAACCAAUCCAUGAUGACCAUUUUCUUCUUCCAUGUGUCAUUCAUCUCUCUACAUCUGAAUGCUCCUGAAUGCUUUCUCAGUUGUUUUGACUCUGAAGCUGGAUGUUACAUUUAUCUUCUCUCGUGCCAGAACGAUCAAAAACAACACAGACUCUUCAGCUCUUCGAAUGCCUGGAAUCACGAGCGAAGCGGCAAGGCAUGCAUGUUUGUUUGUUUUUUUUUUCAACAAAGGACUCAUCAUUUGAGAUGAUGUCAUUAAGGAGACCACACAUAUGAUCUCAUUUCAUUUGUCAUGCACCCCUUGAGGAUUGAGGGAGGAAAAGAAUGAGAGGGAAUUGGAGGGGAUUUGGUUCUUGGCAAAGAUUAGAAGUAUUUUUAUGCACAAGCUUAUUUUAGUAUCCCUGUUCAGAAGUGUGAAUCCAUAAAGAAAAGCUCAGAUUAAAAUGUAAUCGAUUAUAUAAAACAGCAGAUUGGCUUCCGAGUUGGCAUCCAUCCAUAGAUGAGCCCAAUUACCUUAAGAGCUGCUCUAGACACACUUUUAUCUAGGCUUUCUUUUUUCCUUUGAUGAAAGUAUAAGCUGCACCCAGCAUUUUAAACAUUGCUCUUCGUUUUUGUUCAGACAUGAGGAUUUUGUCUCAAAGGUUUGAAACGAUGUGGAGAAACAGCACAGGAGCCUCUCUCUCUCUCUCUCUCACGAUGUACAGAUAUUAUGAUGAGGUUAUCACACA